AUGGCUUCACGCUCAGCUUUCAGGGUCUAUGACAGCCCGUCAGGCGUACCCAUUAACGACGAGUUUGUGGUAGAAGUCCGUCCCACAUCGCCUGGCAGCACUGAGAAGCAGCAUUGGACUCGUGUGCCAGCAUACGCCAUUGAGGUCGCCAACGCCAACAUCACACGAAACAACUUCAAUAGACAUACAGUGGCCUUAGCCUCAUUUGAUAUCAGCGGUCCUGUCGAUAUUAAAGUAACAUACACGGCUUGCCCCGUUAAAGAGGCAAUUAUUCGCCCGGUCUCUCUCGGCAUCGAUACUCAACUUUAUGACGGAGAGAUCACAUUCACACUCAACGAGUCUCGCGAUGUUAUGCUUGAGAUCAACAAUGAUAAGUGGAAGGCGUUGCACUUGCUUACCAACGAGAUUGACGCAAACGCACCGACGCAAGAUACCGAUGAUAUCUGGUACUUCGGGCCCGGGAUCAAUCAAGGGACUGCUUAUUCCAACAUCACCGACGGGGUCAACUUGAUGGUGCCGUCAGUCAGAGGCCAUGGCUUCAUUCUCGGUCCCAAAGGCGGAUACGUACACAGGGAGAAUGGCGGGGCGAUUCACAUGAGCAAUGCAAACAACAUCCUGGUGGAGAAAGUCACGUCAAUCGGGGCCAACGGCUUCAGUCUGUCGGCCGGAGAAUGCGAUGGUGUUCACGUUGACGGGUACCGGUCGUUUUCCUUUGCUGGCAACGGCGAUGGAAUCGACUUCUUCUGCUCGUCAAACAUCAUCAUUGAAAACUGUUUCCUGCGGAACUCAGACGACACCAUUGCUCUCUAUUCCCAUCGAUGGGACUGGUACGGCGACUCGAAAAACAUUACGAUCCAAAACUGUGUGCUACUGCCAGACAUUGCGCACGCCAUCAAUAUGGGUACGCACGGGAACCCCGCCAAACCAGAGACUACAAGCAACAUUCGCAUAAGCAACAUCGAUAUCUUGGAUCACGAGGAGAACCAGCUGUGGUACCAAGGGUGCAUCGCCAUCAACGCUGCUGAUGAGAAUCUCUUUCAUGAUAUCCACAUAGAAAAUAUCAGAGUUGAGCGGAUCACGAAGGGUCAGUUGUUCAAUCUCCGUGUUAUGCAAAACGCGAUGUGGACGACGGCGCCAGGGAGGGGGAUUCGUGACGUUGUCUUCAAGAACAUUUCACUUAACAUGAAACACUCCAAAGUUGUCAACCCUUCACAGAUUAUGGGCUAUGAUCAACAACGGCAGGUAGAGAAUGUCAAGUUUCAAGGGCUAAGAAUCGGGGGUCGAGAAAUCCACGAGGGUAUGGAGAAGCCCAGGUGGUACAUGGUCGCCGACUUGGUUCCUGUUUUUGCCAAUGAGCAUGUCAAAGGUUUAUCGUUUGAGAGUUUGACGUCUUAG